GCGAAUUAGCUACAUAUUGAACUUUACCACAGAGUCCAAUCUGACCACACUAUUCAAGAUGAGUCUCACACCAAAGGACAAGGCGACCGUCAGGCUCUUCUGGGGCAGGAUGUCCGGCAAGGCCGAGCUUAUCGGCGCCGAUGCUCUUUCAAGGAUGCUCGCUGUGUACCCGCAGACCAAGACUUACUUCAGCCACUGGAAGAGCAUCAGCCCUGGUUCCUCUGAAGUGAAGAAGCACGGCAAGACCAUCAUGAUGGGCAUCGGAGAUGCUGUGAACAAGAUGGACGACCUGGAAAGGGGUCUUCUUACUCUGAGCGAGCUGCACGCCUUCAAGCUGAGAGUUGACCCCACCAACUUCAAGCUUCUCUCACUCAACAUCUUGGUGGUUAUGGCUAUUAUGUUCCCUGAUGAUUUCACCCCAAUGGCUCAUUUGGCCGUCGACAAGUUCCUGUGUGCUUUGGCCCUGGCUCUGUCCGAGAAGUACCGAUAAACUGAGAUCGGUCGGAUAUAGGCAGACAAUAGGAUGGAUGAAAGUAUCAGGUUCCUGUUGAGUCUUCUGUUGAAAAAAUAUGAAUAAAAGUUUGAAUCCCAUCAUUA